GUGCAAUCGCCCCCGGAAUAAUGGGGGUGUUUCGUCUUACGCGACUCGCCCUGUAUAGUUUGACUCCUUGGUAAUAAAUAGUAUUUGGGUCUUCACGCUAUUCUUUCUAUACAGAUACUAGCAACUGCCGUGUCUGGUUUUGUGAUUCUGUGUUGAGAUGUUUGUUACUAAUUGCUACAAGUUUAUUUCAUAAAAACUGUAGUUUGAAAGAACUUGGAACUCUCAAAAUAUCCCAUGUUUUAAACAGUUCGGUGCAGUGGGCCUUUUCAUGACUCAUCCUUAUUAUUGUGACGGCCUGUUUCUGCAGUCUGAACACACUUUCCAUAUUGUGAGCAUUUGGACCCCAGAGUAUUGCAGUAUGUCAUAAUUUUUGAUAGAAGUACAUAUAUCUGCAAAACAUGUUAUUCUUAGAAGCGAGCUAUUAAACAUUAUUGCUAAUAUCGUGUGGCAUAGCGUGCUGAGCUAAUUCUUUUUCCAAGUACCCUGAUAUCGUCAUUUACCAUUUUAAUUACUGAUCAACACAAAUACCUAAAACUUCUGUGCUACAUGCACAUGUUGUAAACUUAUUACAUAAUUUAAGGUUUGUUGUGUUAAUUGUUUUUUAUUUGUAUCAGAGUUCAUGUUAUUAGUAUUUUUGUACUAAGCGUUGUUUACCAGUUGUGCCCUCCUCUAAGUGCCUUGUCAGAUUUUACUCCUAAUGUUUCUGCUGUCCUCCCAGUAAUUAUUUUAUUGCUGUGAUGAACGAAUGAAACUGUUGUAUUUUGUGUGACAUGUAGUGGGAAGUCUUUAAUGUAAAUGAGAAACAGUAUUGAGCCAAACAAACUUCCUUGAAGUACUCCAGUAUUCAAAUUAUCUUGAUCUGAAAGAUGUAUCACUGUCCCUGUUUAAGAUUGUCCUUACUUAAUAGCUUGCUCUCUCAUAUGACCGAUGAUCGGAUAAUUUGUCUAAUAUUAAACUGUAUGUUACGUUCAUCUAGAAGUAAUUUCUAUUUCACAGUUUCAGAAAGUUGCAGCGUUGGUCGAAAAUCGUCUUUAAAAGUGGUGUGCUGUUUGAGUUCCAUUUAUUAUUGAUGAUUAUAUGGCAUUUAUAACUUUUUUGUGACUAAAUUUUGAAAAACUGGUCGUUAGUGCGAAAUAAAGUAUAAUUCAACAAUCGAAACUGAUAACAGUCGUAUUUUGAUGUUGUUAUGUUGGUAUUCGUAUUAUUCGCUUUGCCUCUGAAUCCCGCGAAGUGGUUGGUUACCGGUUUAACGUGUGAUAGUUAUGAUUUGCCGCCAUUCGUUUUGUAAGAUUUAGUGGCUUGUGUUUAUGUGAAACGUUUUAAUGUAUGAAGUUUUCGAAAAAUGGAAGAGUCAGGCUCGAGGAUUUUAGAUUUUGAUUCGUCGGUCGAUGAUAACUAUGAUUUUAACAACAGUUCGGUUUUUGAUCAUGACACUUCGAAUGAGGACGGAGCUCCUAAGCUACAGCAAGAAAAAUCAAGUUUACAUUUUGGACUAGAUUUUCGUGAUCGCGAGUGUAGUGUUAACAGUUGUGGUGAUGUGACAAACUCUACAAAUUUAAAGGUGUCCCUUUCCCCGCCGUACAAAGGAGUCCGUGCACUCAGGCUUCUCGAUUCGCCCCUUACUCCGAAGACAAUAAUUGAAAAUAGUUCUGGAACAGCGUUUUCGACGCCGUUUUUACGUCGUUCCAACCUUUGUCUUGCCAGGCGACAAAAUGGGCGUCCUCGAUCAAGAUUAUUUACCGCCCCAGAAGCUUCGACAGGAGAAAACAGCGAUAACGAUAAGCCAGCAGCUAACAUAAAUCCAUUCACGCCAACUGGAAUGCUUCUUUCAAGCAAAAAGAGAUCUAGAUCCAAGAGGAGUCUUGUGGGAUCACCACCUCCGCCUUCACGUGGUUCCUCGAUUGUUAUCCAGGCAGCAUCAGAUGAUUCAGAUAAUGAAGUGGAACAACCUACAAAGAAGCUGGCUCUCCAUGAUUCAAAUAUUUCAAGAUACCACAAGGAAUUUCAUGAACUUGAACUUAUUGGAACUGGAGAGUUUGGAACUGUAUUUAAGUGUAUCAACAGACUUGAUGGUUGUAUAUAUGCAGUAAAGAAAAGUAUAAAGCCAAUUGCUGGCAGUGCUAAUGAGAAAGCUGCUCUCAAUGAAGUAUAUGCUCAUGCUGUUCUGGGAAAGCACCAACAUGUUGUGCGUUAUUAUUCUGCGUGGGCAGAAGAUGACCAUAUGAUAAUUCAGAAUGAAUAUUGCAAUGGUGGUAGCCUUGCUGAUCGCAUUGUAGAAAAUCACAGAACUGGCACUGCAUUUUCAGAAUCAGAGAUGCGUCAACUCUUAACUCAUGUGGCUGAAGGACUCAGGUACAUCCAUUCUCUUCAGCUGGUUCAUAUGGACAUCAAGCCUGGAAAUAUAUUUAUAUCCAGAGAAAAGAGGCUAAAAUUAUUGAAAGCUGAUCAGACAGAUGAUGGUUUUGAGGAAGAGGAUACUGAGGAAAUAACAUACAAAAUUGGUGACCUCGGCCAUGUGACAUCAGUUGCUGAUCCGCAAGUGGAAGAAGGUGAUUGCAGAUACUUGCCAUAUGAAAUUCUCCAAGAAGAUUUCAGCCAUCUUCCAAAGGCUGACAUAUUCGCUUUAGGUUUAACUGUCUACGAAGCUGGAGGUGCUGGUCCGCUCCCGAAGAAUGGUCAGGAAUGGCAUGACAUUAGAGAUGGCAAAAUUAAGUAUUUGCCUAAUGUGAGUCGUGACUUCAAUGAACUUAUCAAGGACAUGAUACAACGUGAUGCCAGUCACCGCCCGAGUGCAGUGGAGAUCCUGCAGCACCGUGCGCUUUCUUCUGAAAAUAAGAGUAAGGCCCAGCUUCAGCGAGAGCUGAAUGCAGAACGUCUGAAGAAUGAGUUCCUGUCACGCCGCCUGGAGGCGGCUGCACAGUGUCUCAAGUCAGUUACUCCUACAAUCCUCAUGAAAGUCGCUGGUGCAGGUGGCAUUAGUGUAGAUGCCAAUUGUCGUCCCCAAGUGAAUAUAAUUUCUCGAUCCUCUCGCCUUAUUGGUAAGAAAAUUAAUCGCAGUCAUAGUGUAACAGGCUUCUAAUGUGGAGUAAAGCAGUUAUAUAUGGCCUGCAUUGGUUUUAGUGCCUUAUAGUUACAGGAACUACAAGGCUGAACUGGCUGUCUCCUUUGUCACCUCAGGGCACUUCUAAGUGGUUAAUGCUUCUGUAUUAUCUGGGAAGUAUUUCAUAAGUUGACUAUGAUGUGUGAAGCCAUCUUUUACAAAAGUGUGUUCUUGCAUUUAAAAUGUUCUUUCCUUAAUUUGAGCUUGAUGUUUUAUGUAGCAUUUGUGCUGAGUUUUAAGGCCUGACUUUACUGAGGUGAUAAAUGCUAUAUUUCUGAAAUGUUGUUAGUAACUGAUUUGUAGAAUUUCAGACAAGAAUUGUAGUUGACAUUGUAAAAACUUCACAUUGUAAGAACACUUGACUGCAAUUUAAAAGAGUUAGCAAAAAUGUAAAUAUCUGUAAAGUAUUUGCAUUUCAUUUGGCUUUUAUGUUUUAAAAUGUCAUUCAACAUUAUAAAUUUUACUUGAUUUUGGAGAAUCAUGUUUAGAAUUGAAUUAUUUUCAUCCUUGCUGUCUUUUAUUUGCUGACAAGAAUUUUCUGUGAAGGAAACUGUGUCAUUAACACUAUUGUGUCAAUGGCAACGAGCAGAAAGGGCUAUCCUAAGACAGACAACAGUAAACCUGUUGACAGAUAGAAAACUAAACAUUUCUCUGUUCGUAAAAUAUUGACGUUGAGCCAGUGUUUUCAGUAAUUCCCCUACAUCAAAUGUAUUGGAAAAUAUCACAUUGGGGAAUGGUAGUGUGCACCAGUUGGUGACUGGUGUAGUGAAGUGCUGUUUCUUCGCAUUUUAGUGGAGAAACUGGAAGCUGUGAGUAAUUAAGAAGAGAGUGAGAGUAGAGCAUUAAAAGGGUAAUAUUAAAUUGUUACCAUAUUUUACAUUUCCUCAUUAUUUACAGUUAAGUUCUUUUGUUUCAAUUCAUUUUCUUACUGAUCUUGAGUCCAUUUCCCCUAAUCUAAAUUUUGGAGUUGUUGUUUUUAGUGAGUAUGAAAAGCUUUGAACCGAAAGAUUUUAAACAAAAAUAAUGAGAAAACGUAAAUUAUUCAGUAUUCAAUGUGAAUUGAGUUUCACAUGAUUUAUCAUUCUGUUGUCAGUACCUGGUUAGUGGAGCCAAAUUUAAUGUAUUCCUUGUUGAUACCUUGUAUAUGAGCUACAACUGUCAUACCAAAAUUUGCGAGCUCUUUCUUAUUCUUGGAUGACAUACCAUUUGUAAAACACUUGGUUACAUCUGUCCCCUCCUCAACAUUUACUUUAAAAAAAAAAAAACCUCCGAGAAAACUGAUGGUUCAGAAGAUGCUUAAUGUGGUGCAUAAUUCAGAGGUUCAUAGGUCUCCAAAUUUUUAGUGUUUCUGCGUUCUUUGGCAGGUUCUUGUCUAUUAAAUUGCUGACUACAUCUGGACAAGAAAUAAAAAAUGAAUUGAGUAACACUCAUCAUGUUUUCAAAUAUGAGAAACCACAUUUAGUUGUUUGCUGAUACAUAUAAUGUGUUGCUGUUAAUGUUAGUUUUCUGUCUGUUUAGUUGGAAGUAUUUCAGUUCUUUGUUUAUGUUAUGUGUAAUGAGUAUACUGACAAGCUAAAGGCUUGAAGUGUUUUUACAAUGUCAUACCAUGAACAGCCUACAGUUCAUUUUAUUUAGGUGGAGGUAACUUUCUCAAUAGUUAAGACUAGUUGCUUCCAAAGAACGUGUAAAAUUUAAUCCUUUACCACAUGUUCAUUACAGCAGUUGCAAAAAUCUAAUGUGAUAACAUACAUGGAAGCUGUUCAUGUAAAUAGUGUGUGUGUGUGUGUGUGUGUGUGUGUGUGUGUGUGUGUGUGUGUGUGUGUGUGUGGGCGUGGGCGUGCACGCGCGUGCACUUGAAUCUCAGCAGUGCUAAGUAACUUUGAACACUUGUAAGACUGUAAAAUUUUUUAUUUUGUGUAUAUUUUCAAAUAAAUUCAAUAAAGGUUAUCAGAAUUGGUAUUUACAAAAAAAUAA